ACCGAUAUAUACGAUGCAACUCUGUCGUCUGUAUUUCCCGUCUCUGCUGUCAAUUUGCAGAAUGCAGAAUUUGCAGUGCAGAACUACUGCUGCUGAAAACGCAGUCGUAUGUAGUAGUGCAUCUUGCCCCGUUGGUUGAAUACGAUGCAUUUCUAUGACUUUUUGGUGAGCUGUUGAGAUCUGUCACCAUAACGAGAACGGAGGGGACUGUUCAUUGCGUCGUGGAAGACGACCGCACAGAUGACACUCGCACGAGCUGUUGCCCAGUGUCAUAUGAAUUUUAGCACGUUAUUAGAAUCAUCAUCAUCGGCUGUUUGACGCGCACAAAUAUAAGGGGCAAAACUGGUAACAAUGCCCAGCACAACAAAGCUAACAAAGCUGUAUCUUGCAUCUUCCAUGGAAGAGCUGCAGAAGCAAGUCGACAUAGCGCUGGUGGAAUAUAAAAGCAUCACUACGAUAUGCAAUUCAGCAAGCAAGAUUCGCCGCAAUGCAGACCUCGAAAUGCUGAACGGAGAUGAAGAAAAGGCGUACAUAUAUUACAUGAGGUACUUUGACUUGGUCCAGCGUGUGCGCAAGCACAGGGACUACAAAAAGGAAAAGGAAAAAUGUGAUAAAACUAUAGAACUAGAGAAAUGCAGCAAUGUCAUUGAGCGACUGGAAUUGUUGAAAAGGAGUCUACUGAGGAGGUACGCCUUAAUGAAAGACGCCACAGAGGCUGCUGCAAGGGAUUCAAAUGGUACAGCAGAGACUGUAUGUGGUGGCCAAGCAAAGGCUAUAUCAUCUAAUUCUUCUAGUCAGAACGAAAGCUUAGAUGCUAAAGAUAAACAAAUAUCAAUGACAGUGAACAGUAAACCCUCCACACCUUCCAUAGCUCCCGAAAAGAGGAUAAAAACCGUCAUAACAAGCUUCGAGCUGUAUGACCUACUCCUCGAUCGCACUUCAUCGGUGCUCAUAAUGGAUGCGAGGCCGCGUGAUGACUUCUUAGAAUCACACCUGCGGCAUUCUCGCUGCAUCAAUAUUCCGGAGGAAGUCCUUGUACCCGGGACCAUUGCUUCCAACUUACUCGAAAGCAUUCCAGAAGAAAGCAGGUCCCUGUAUGAUAAACGUGACCUGAUGGACUUUGUAAUUCUUCUGGACUGGAGAAGCAAAGAAGUGCCCGCAUCCCCAACAGUUCCAGUGCGGGUCUUAAAGGAUGCCAUUUGCAAGUGGUCCAUCGACAAAGUACUGCGGAGUGACCCGAUGGUACUUCACGGCGGCUAUGAAGACUGGCUUUUGCGGUAUCCCACGUACACGACGUACUCUCAGCCAAGUAUUCCAACUCCUCCGCGUAGUCCUUUCCUGCACAGCCCCGUGGCAUCGGAUGGUUUAGACUACCCUGACCUCGACGAAGCCUUCCUGGCAACCCCCGAUGACUCUCCAAAGCUGUCAGAUGCGAGCGGAGACGGCAUACGUUUGCCGCAUAUACCUUCGGUUGAUCGCAGCAAAAAACCCUCUGUGGCGACAUUGCCCGCUGGUGCAAGCUCGUACAUUUCCCGACUUCCGCCAAAAGUGAUCAAUGGUAUCGGAAGUAACUCUGAAGUGCCGCAUGUAAAGAAACAGCCUUCCCUGCAGGUUGACAGAAGACUGAAGCCACAAGGAGACACUGGUGUGGUGGAUACAAGCAUCGUAAAACCUGCAGACGACAAGAACGAAGCUUCAACACGAGCUCAGUCCUUAGGACAGGAGCUCCUCGAUUUAUCCCAAGCACAACUCAGGUCGGAGCAGGAGUUCGAACUUCUGAGGGAGCGCAGGGCACGGGAGGCCGAGGAAGCUUCCCGGGCCGCUCUUCAGGAGGAAGAGGAAACUCUCAGAGAGCACAUACGCCACAUCGAGGCCUCUAUGGCUCUCAGAGAUAAAGAAAUGGAUGACCUAUUGCAGCAGAAUGAACUUAUGAAGAAGCAACUACAAGAGAAGAACUUAGAAGAGGAGCGGAAGAAAGCUAGCAGAGAGCUUCACAGGUUACGUGAAGAACGUAAAAAGAAGGAGCAGCAAGCAAAAGAAGAUUCGCCGAAAGCAAAAAACGUGCCGACCACCAGCGUGCCAGGAGCCAGUUCUGCUCCCGAAGGGACACCACUACGGCCAAAUAAGCCUACCACAGCAGUAGAUGCCGUGAGUGAUACUACGAGCCCUGCCAAGCUGGCUGCAAAACCCAACGUAGCAAGUUCCGCGCGUGCUGCAGCUACGACUUGGAGUGGCAGUAGUGGUCUGUCGCGGUCACGGUCAUUUCCAAAUCUCUCGACCGCAAUCGAAGAAGAGCCCGAAGAAUUAAGCUCGAGCGAUUCCAGUGCUCCCCAGUUUGACCGCAACCUGAAACCAGCGCAGAGUGUUGACUCAGCCGCUGAGAACUUGAACAGAAGGGGUCGUACUAGCGAUGGGACUGGCUCUCGUGUGCGAAGUAUAAGCCCAACCUCUGGACAAGAAUUUAAGCACUUAGCAGGACUCAAGAAUUUGGGAAACACGUGCUACAUGAAUGCGACAUUGCAGUGCCUUGCAAACACUUUGCCCUUGGCCUUGCAUUUUUUGUCUGGCCGAUAUGUGAAGGAAAUAAACAGGGAAUCCAGACGCGGCGGUGGUGCUGAACUCGCUGAAGAAUUUAGGAGCCUUCUUUCUCAAAUGUACUACAAAGACAAGGGUGUUGCGCCUAAAUCAUUCAAAUCAUUAAUGGGAAGGUUCUACAGCGUCUACGCUGGACACGAGCAACAAGAUGCCCAUGAGUUCCUGCUAAACCUUAUAGACAGACUACAUGAAGGGCUGAAUAGGGGCCCUGGUAGGAGCCACACGAAAGGAUUUGUAGUGGACGAGAACCUCUCAGUAAAUGGACGCAUCAACCAGUUCUGGUGCCAUCACGUAGACCGUAACUUGUCUGUUGUGUCCGACCUCUUCGAAGGCCUUCUCGUGUCAACCUUGACAUGUCUGUCGUGUCAGAAGACUUCCAGCAGCUUUGAGGUUUUCUCCUGUCUUUCGUUGCCCAUCCCACAGCACAGUUCUGGGACCUGUUAUCUUCAGGACUGUUUGAAGCUCUUCUUAGAGGCUGAAAAAAUGUCGGGAGAGGCAGCUUGGGACUGUCCCGUUUGCAAGCAGAAGAGAAAAGCGGAGAAGCGCAUGAUCAUUGCUAGGCUUCCGAAAAUUCUCAUAAUUCAGUUCAACAGAUUUCGUUGCGAAGGAGCGUGGCAGAGCAAAAAGCUGCAGACUUAUGUCCACUUCCCCAUCUCCAAUUUCGACAUGAACGAGUACGUCGAUCACACCCGUGUUGAGACACAGCGACGGCCCCCCUACGAUUUAUAUGCUUUCUUGAACCACUAUGGAACUUUGGCAGCUGGUCACUAUAUCGGAUACUGCCGUGCUGGCCCAAGAGGAGGAUGGUACAUGUACGAUGACUCUUCUGUUUCAGAAGUCAUUCUGUCAGAAUCUGAUAAACGGAAUGCUUACAUCCUCUUCUACACGUCCGUAGAUGCAAGGCACCAGUUUAUUUCUUACUGAGUAAAUUACGUAUAUGUGCAAUGUUGCACCUUGCAGUCCUUGUUGCAUGCAGAUGGUCCUGUUUAUUAAAUAAAGUAUUUAGUUUGUGAAGCACAGGGCCAAGUAUGCACAUAGUACGUAUUGUACAUAGUUCACGCGUAGCAGCUACGCAAGUGUAUUAUAUUGUUGAGCAUAAGUUGACAUUUUAUAAAAAUUUUAGAGAGUGUUUAUACGCAUGCAUAAUGUAAAUUUAACGAUUGUUAUGCUGCUUCAAAAUGCAUUUCGAUAUAUUCGCGGGAACAGCUAAAAGCUGAUGCCCAGCAGCAAAGAUUAUCAAUAAAGAUGGUUGAAUAGGUCA